AUGUUCUCCCGCACGCUCUGCCGCAGUGCACCUGUCAUCGAGGACGUUGUGGCGGCGUUCAAGGUGCUGGGCCUCACGUACAAUCCACGCGCACCGACACCUAGUCGACCCAGAGUGGAGGAUGUACGCCGGCAGUACCGUGAGAUGGCACGGCUGCACCACCCCGAUUUGAGCAGCGGUGAUGAUAAUCGUAUGAAGGUGAUCAACACGGCCUACGAGCUAAUUCAGUCGAGCGGCAUUCUGCAAGGCACCUACGACGCCCCGGCGGGUGCAACGGACGAUGCAGCGGGACAGCAAGGUGGUGAAACCCGAGCUGCGACUCGGUUUGCCCGCAAGGCUGGUACGCGUCGGCGCCGCAUGCCAGACGACUUUGCCAGCGGUGAUGACUCUUCCUGGGCGAUGAAGACGUCGCUGGACUGGCAGGCGAUGAUGAAUAGCACUGAAACGAUCACGGUGGAAGAGUUAAAGAACCCUGCGAAUCACCCGUUCAGUCACAGCAGAUUCUUCACCUUCGACGAUGAUCUCACUAUCUACCGCAUGAUCCGUGGCGGUGCCACAGUGCGACAGGUCGCUAGGACGCUGGGCAAACCGGCGACGUUUGUUGAGCGACGGCUUCAGAAUGCGCAGUUUAAGUUACGAGUACAGUACGUGCUGCGACAGGACAAGCGCAAAGCGGCGGCGGCCUCGUCGAAUGCUGCGGUCUCUUCGCGCUCCAUGAGGCAAACCACAUCGACACCGAUAGCCGAGCCGGCUACACGCCGUGCGCUUCGCCACUCUCCGUACGACGAAACGCAUGGCGGCAACGCUGCACACAUCUUCAGUACUGCCUCCAUGCGAAAGCGGGAGUGGGAGCCAUCGUAUCCGGAGUGGCGGGCGCCGCGCUACCGUGUUCAAAUGACCCUGGAGGAGCAAGGAAGGCUCGACGGCCUACUCCGCGAGACGCCUCGUGCCGCUAAUGUUACCGGUAAAGCAGUAGCAUCACCAGACAGUGCACGGCGCAGUGCUGCAUCCAAGAUGGGGCGCUCCUACGAGAACUACAAGCGCUUGCGAUCCAACCUGUGA